CUCUGAAACAGGAAGUCGUCGGUCAGCGAGCUGGUGGCAGCAGCCCGGGCAGCAGAGAGGGGACAGGCGGCGGGUGGCAGCGUCUCAGGGGCCUCAGCUCCCCCUCAGUGGCCUGUCGAUCCUGGCGGUGGCCACCGGCCUGGCCCACGCCCGCCAUGGUCCCCUGCUGGAACCACGGCAACAUCACCCGCUCCAAAGCUGAGGAGCUGCUCUCCAGGACUGGCAAGGACGGGAGCUUCCUCGUGCGCGCCAGCGAGUCCAUCUCCCGGGCCUACGCGCUCUGUGUGCUGUAUCGGAACUGCGUUUACACCUACCGGAUCCUGCCCAAUGAAGAGGACAAAUUCACUGUCCAGGCGUCUGAAGGUGUCCCCAUGAGGUUCUUCACCAAGCUGGACCAGCUCAUCGAGUUUUACAAGAAGGAGAACAUGGGCCUGGUGACCCACCUGCAGUACCCAGUGCCGCUGGAGGAGGAGGACCCCGGGGACGAGCCAGAGGAGGAGACCGAAGGUGUCCCAUCUCCGCCUGAGCUGCCGCCAAGAAACAUCCCUCUAUCCACCGGGCCAUGUGAGACCAAGGAGGUUCCUGUCUUGAUCGAGAACCCAAGAGGCACCGAGGUCAGCCGACCCAGCCUCUCCGAGACACUGUUUCAGCGGCUGCAGAGCAUGGAUACCAGCGGGCUUCCAGAAGAGCACCUGAAAGCCAUCCAGGACUAUUUAAGCACUCAGCUCGCCCUGGACGCCGAGUUUGUGAAGACGGGCUCCUGCAGCCUCCCUCACCUGAAGAAACUGACAGUGUUCUUGUGCAAGGAGGUCUAUGGAGAAGUCAUCCGGACCCUCCCCUCCCUGGAGUCUCUGCAGAGGUUGUUUGACCAGCAGCUCUCCCCGGGCCUCCGCCCGCGGCCUCAGGGGCCUGGUGAGGCCAGUCCAAUCAACAUGGUGACCAAGCUCAGCCAACUGACAAGUCUGCUGUCCUCGAUUGAAGAUAAGGUCAAAGCCUUGCUGCACGAGGGCCCCGAGGCUCCCAACCGGCGGUCUGUCAUCCCUCCAGUCACCUUUGAGGUGAAGUCAGAGUCUCUGGGGAUUCCUCAGAAACUGCAGCUGAAAGUCGAUGUUGAAUCUGGGAAACUGAUCAUUAAGAAGUCCAAGGACGGCUCUGAGGACAAGUUCUACAGCCACAAGAAAAUCCUGCAGCUCAUCAAGUCUCAGAAGUUUCUGAACAAAUUGGUGAUUUUGGUGGAAACAGAGAAGGAGAAGACCCUGAGGAAGGAAUAUGUCUUUGCCGACUCCAAAAAGAGAGAAGGCUUCUGCCAGCUCCUGCAGCAGAUGAAGAACAAGCACUCGGAGCAGCCGGAGCCCGACAUGAUCACCAUCUUCAUCGGCACCUGGAACAUGGGUAACGCCCCCCCUCCCAAGAAGAUCACGUCCUGGUUUCUCUCCAAGGGGCAGGGAAAGACACGGGAUGACUCUGCUGAUUACAUCCCCCACGACAUCUACGUGAUCGGCACCCAGGAGGACCCCCUGGGCGAGAAGGAGUGGCUGGAGAUACUCAGAAACUCCCUGCAAGAAAUCACCAGCAUAACUUUUAAAACGAUCGCCAUCCACACGCUCUGGAACAUUCGAAUCGUGGUGCUGGCCAAGCCGGAGCACGAGAACCGCAUCAGCCACAUCUGCACCGACAAUGUGAAGACGGGCAUCGCCAACACCCUGGGGAACAAGGGAGCUGUGGGGGUGUCAUUCAUGUUCAAUGGAACCUCCUUGGGGUUUGUCAACAGCCACUUGACUUCCGGAAGUGAAAAGAAACUCAGGCGAAACCAAAACUACAUGAACAUUCUUCGGUUUCUGGCUCUGGGAGACAAGAAGCUGAGUCCCUUCAACAUCACUCACCGCUUCACCCACCUCUUCUGGCUCGGGGACCUCAACUACCGCGUGGAGCUGCCCACCUGGGAGGCGGAAGCCAUCAUCCAGAAGAUCAGGCAGCAGCAGUACGCAGACCUCCUGUCUCAUGACCAGCUGCUCAUGGAGAGGAGGGAGCAGAAGGUCUUCCUGCACUUCGAGGAGGAAGAAAUCACGUUCGCGCCCACCUACCGUUUUGAAAGACUGACUCGGGACAAAUACGCCUACACUAAGCAGAAGGCCACGGGGAUGAAGUACAACCUGCCCUCCUGGUGUGACCGCGUCCUCUGGAAGUCCUACCCCCUGGUGCACGUGGUGUGUCAGUCCUACGGCAGCACCAGCGACAUCAUGACAAGUGACCACAGCCCUGUUUUUGCCACAUUUGAGGCAGGCGUCACCUCCCAGUUUGUCUCCAAAAAUGGCCCCGGGACUGUCGACAGCCAAGGGCAGAUCGAGUUUCUCAGAUGCUUCGCCACCCUGAAGACCAAGUCCCAGACCAAAUUCUACCUGGAGUUCCACUCGAGCUGCUUGGAGAGUUUCGUCAAGAGUCAGGAAGGGGAAAAUGAAGAAGGGAGUGAAGGGGAGCUGGUGGUGAAGUUUGGCGAGACCCUUCCAAAGCUGAAGCCCAUUAUUUCCGACCCCGAGUACCUGCUGGACCAGCACAUCCUGAUUAGCAUUAAGUCAUCCGACAGUGACGAGUCCUACGGUGAGGGCUGCAUUGCUCUACGGUUAGAGGCCACGGAAACUGAGCUCCCCAUCUACACGCCUCUCACCCACCACGGAGAGAUGACCGGUCACUUCCGGGGGGAGAUCAAGCUGCAGACCUCCCAGGGCAAGAUGAGGGAGAAGCUGUACGACUUCGUGAAGACCGAGCGGGAUGAGGCCAGCGGGCCCAGGUGUCUGAAGAGCUUCACCAGCCACGACCCCAUGAAGCAGUGGGAACCUGCCAACAGGGUCCCUCUCUGCACGGGCUCCAGCAUCACUGAAAUCAUCAACCCCAAUUAUAUCGGCAUGGGGUCCUUGGGGCACAUGAAACAGGCCCUGUCCCCCGACCAGCAGCCCACAGCCUGGAGCUACGACCAGCCGCUCAAGGACUCCGCCCUGGGACCUGGGAGGGGGGAGAGCCCUCCGACACCCCCCUCCCAACCGCCCAUAUCACCCAAGAAGUUUUCGUCCUCCACAGCCACCCGGGGCCCCGGCCCCAGGAUGCAGGAGUCCAGGCCUGGCGACCCAGAACCUUUGCCUCAGGAGGAGCCCACGCUGGCCAAGCCCGAGAUGUUCGAGAACCCGCUGUACGGGUCUGUGAGCUCUUUCCCUAAGCCGGCUCCCAGGAGAGAGCAGGAGUCUCCCAAAAUGCUGAGGAAGGAGCCCCCGCCAGGCCCGGACACAGGUUCCUUGUCGCCCAGCAUCUUGCUCUCCAAAGCCCAGGAGGCCGAGGGUAGCAAGGGGACGGGCAAGCCGGUGCCCACGCCCACACCCACACCCUUCCUCAGUCCCACACCCCGGCUCCGCUCCUUCACUUGCUCGACCUCUGCUGAGGGCUGGCCCGCCACCGGGGACAAGAGCCAGGGAAAGGCCAAGCCCCCCGCCGGCGUCCAAGUCCCAGUGCCGGCCAAGAGGCCCGUCAAGCCUUCCAGGUCGGAGCAGAGCCAGCAGGCCCUGCCCACCCCGGCCCCACGGCCACCCCUCCCGGUCAAGAGCCCGGCAGUCCUGCACCUGCAGUACUCCAAGGGCCGCGACUACCGAGAGAACACCGAGCUCCCCUACCAGGGCAAGCACCGGCCGCCCGAGGACUCGCCGCUCAGCAGGGCUGCCACGCAGAACUGACACUGCUAAUAACCGACUGUGGAGCCCAACUGUGUUGCGUUGAAGACCUGGUGAGCUGCCAGCGAGCCCGGAGCCCGGAGGAGCAGCACCAACCCACUGGGAAUCUCUCCCGGGACUUUGUCGGCCCCUCCUACCCAGCUUCUGUGCAAUCAGCAGAGCGUGCCGGCUUUGAGACUCGGCCUGACGUGCGGAGGUUGGAAGGAAAAGCACGCCGAAGGGCAACGAGCUCCCCGCGCACCUGGGCCCCCAGCUUGAUCUUGGUACUUAGGACCCAAGAGCCUUGUUCCGGUCACUGUUUUGAAGAAAGGAACUAAAAUGCUGAUUUCCGGGUGGAAAUAUAAAUAAUAAUAAUAUUAAUAAUAAUAAUGGCUGCAUGUAUCGAGCACUCACCAUGUGCCAGGUACCUGCUAAGUGCUUCACAAACAUUAUGAGUUGAGUCUUCAGCCAACCAAAACCACGUUCCCAGACCCCCUAGUUCAAAACCACGUGUCCUGAGGGGUUUGGGCAAAGCAUUAAAAAUUAAGGCCAGUGCCCUGCUUGAGUGACAACAGGGCUUGGCCUGCAGGUAGCUGAAGGGUAAGUGUUAAUUUAGGUACAAGGAACCUCACCUUGUAGCUUCAGUGACAAAAACUGCUUUAGCUAAAGCCCCAGGGGUUCGGGCAAAACCGGUGUCGAGAGCAGGAAUCUGUCUGAGUCCUCUCAGCUCUUAUUUUGAAGGAGGAAAAGCGACUCUGACUCUUCGGUGGGGAGGUCCAGCUUCAGCCCCGGCCUCCACCAGGAAGGACCCCCCCCCCCAGCCGCCAUGCCCUCCCUGCUGUGGGCCGCCUCCACCAGGCCACAGGGCGAGCCAAGUCCCCCAAUGCUUGUCCCAUCAUGCUGAUAGCAGAGUCUUCACUGCUGCCCCUGCACCUGGCUGCCCGGAGGGUGGGCGUCUCAGUGCCCAGCUCUUGGACUGCAGCCCUUUCUUUGAGCUCUCGUGGCUUUGGGCCAUGCUUCCUUGGUGACUAGGAUAGAUCGGUGAUGUCUUUCCAUGUGUUGCUUUUCCACAUAACAGAAUUAAUGUAGGAAACCAAACCCAGGAGUGUGUGUGUGUGAGUGCUGGAGACUGGAUACGCACCCCACAUCCCCUCAUGUGUCAGUCUGUGCGACCAAUAAAGUGCCUUUCUCACCCAGCUUCCA